AUGCGCGCGACUCUUCGGCUCGCCGCCAAUGUGGACCGAUCCGCUUUCAAGCAGGCGCUGAGGAACGCCCAGCAGCACCAGCCAGCGCCUGUCAACAAGCCGCUGCGACCUGCCAAGCCGCUCAUGGAGAAGCUCACGGGGGAGCCGGCACCGAAACAGAGCCUGUCCGAUCGUCAGGCUGCCGCCGCCAAGGGCAAGAACAAGAGUAUCAUUGACUCCUUCCGAUCCCUUCCCAGCAACCAGCGUAUCCUUGUCGGCGUCGCGUUUGGUGCCGUUGCUAUCGCUGGCCUCUUCUGGGACCGGACUAUGGAGGAAGCCGAACUGAAGCAGGAGGAGGAGUACGGCUUCGAGCGCGUAGCGGAUGAGAUUGCAAAGCGCAAGGCUGAGGCUGGCAAUGCUCCGGCAGCCAGGAGGUCGUAG